GUCCCGCGUCCGCCUACUCGCGCUCACGCAGCUGCUGGGGGGCCCCCCGGGUUUUCGCCGUCCUUUCGCUUCCCCGUUCGUCUUUUUCUCCCUCUCUUUUUCUCUCUCGCGUCUCGCGUCUCGCGGGCGGCCGGAAGACAGGCUCGGCCCCGGGGCCGCGGGAGGCUCGCGGCUGCGUCACCGCCGUCCUCCGUCCGCCCUCCCCACACCCACCUGCCACCCCCGCGACGACAUGGACACCGCCGAGGAAGACAUAUGCAGAGUGUGUCGGUCAGAAGGAACACCUGAGAAACCUCUUUAUCAUCCGUGUGUAUGUACUGGCAGUAUUAAGUUCAUCCAUCAAGAAUGCUUAGUUCAGUGGCUGAAACACAGUCGGAAAGAAUACUGCGAGCUGUGCAAGCACAGGUUUGCCUUCACUCCAAUUUAUUCCCCAGAUAUGCCCUCUCGCCUUCCUAUCCAAGACAUAUUUGCUGGACUGGUCACGAGUAUUGGCACAGCGAUACGAUACUGGUUUCAUUACACGCUUGUGGCCUUUGCAUGGCUGGGAGUUGUUCCUCUCACCGCAUGCCGCAUCUACAAGUGCUUGUUUACCGGCUCCGUGAGCUCACUGCUGACCCUGCCGCUGGACAUGCUGUCAACGGAGAAUUUGUUGGCAGAUUGCUUGCAGGGUUGUUUCGUGGUGACCUGCACUCUGUGUGCGUUCAUUAGCCUGGUGUGGCUGCGGGAGCAGAUCGUCCAUGGAGGAGCACCGAUUUGGUUGGAGCAUGCUGCCCCACCCUUCAAUGCUGCUGGGCACCACCAAAAUGAGGCUCCCGCAGGAGGAAAUGGUGCUGAGAACGUUGCUGCUGAUGAGCCUGCUAACCCCCCAGCUGAGAACGCAGUGGUGGGGGAGAACCCCGAAGCACACGACGAUCAGGCGGAGGAGGAGGAAGAGGACAACGAAGAGGAAGACGACGCUGCCGGGGACGGUGCUGCCGACGCCAACAACGGAGGCCCAGGUGACCGGCGGCGGGAUGACAUGAACUGGAAUGCUCUAGAAUGGGACCGAGCUGCAGAGGAGCUUACGUGGGAAAGAAUGUUAGGACUGGAUGGAUCAUUAGUUUUUCUGGAACAUGUGUUCUGGGUGGUGUCUUUAAAUACACUGUUCAUUCUUGUUUUUGCAUUUUGUCCUUACCACAUUGGUCAUUUUUCCCUUGUUGGUUUGGGAUUUGAAGAACAUGUCCAAGCAUCUCAUUUUGAAGGUCUAAUCACAACCAUAGUUGGAUAUAUACUUUUAGCAAUAACACUGAUAAUUUGUCAUGGCCUGGCAACGCUUGUCAAGUUCCAUAGGUCUCGUCGCUUACUGGGGGUCUGCUACAUUGUUGUUAAGGUCUCUUUGUUAGUGGUAGUAGAAAUCGGAGUGUUUCCUCUCAUUUGUGGCUGGUGGCUGGAUAUCUGUUCUCUGGAAAUGUUUGACGCCACUCUGAAGGAUCGAGAGCUGAGUUUUCAGUCGGCUCCGGGAACCACGAUGUUCCUGCACUGGCUGGUGGGGAUGGUCUACGUGUUCUACUUCGCCUCCUUCAUCCUCUUGCUGCGGGAGGUGCUUCGACCUGGUGUCUUAUGGUUUCUGAGAAAUUUGAAUGAUCCAGAUUUUAACCCUGUGCAAGAGAUGAUCCACCUGCCCAUCUACCGGCAUCUCCGAAGAUUCAUUCUGUCAGUGAUUGUCUUUGGCUCCAUCGUGCUCCUGAUGCUCUGGCUGCCUAUUCGCAUAAUUAAGAGUCUGCUGCCUAACUUUCUUCCCUACAACGUCAUGCUCUACAGCGAUGCGCCAGUGAGCGAGCUGUCCCUGGAGCUGCUGCUGCUGCAGGUGGUCCUGCCGGCGCUGCUCGAGCAGGGCCACACGAGGCAGUGGCUGAAGGGGCUGGUGCGGGCCUGGACGGUCACUGCGGGCUACUUGCUGGAUCUUCAUUCCUAUUUACUGGGAGACCAGGAAGAAAAUGAGAACAGCGCAAAUCAACAAGUCAACAAUAACCAGCAUGCCCGAAAUAACAAUGCUAUUCCUGUUGUGGGAGAAGGUUUGCAUGCAGCCCACCAAGCCAUACUCCAGCAGGGAGGUCCUGUUGGCUUUCAGCCUUACCGCCGGCCUUUGCAUUUUCCUCUCAGGAUAUUUCUGUUGAUUGUCUUCAUGUGUAUAACGUUGCUGAUUGCCAGCCUCAUCUGCCUUACUCUACCAGUAUUUGCUGGCCGCUGGCUAAUGUCAUUUUGGACGGGGACCGCCAAAAUCCACGAGCUGUACACCGCCGCUUGUGGUCUCUAUGUGUGCUGGCUGACCAUACGGGCCGUGACCGUGCUGGUGGCGUGGAUGCCCCAGGGACGCAGAGUGAUUUUCCAGAAGGUUAAGGAGUGGUCCCUCAUGAUAAUGAAGACCUUGGUAGUCGCCGUGCUGCUGGCGGGAGCGGUCCCGCUGCUUCUGGGGCUUCUCUUUGAGCUGGUCAUCGUUGCUCCCCUGAGAGUCCCCCUCGAUCAGACUCCGCUUUUUUAUCCUUGGCAGGACUGGGCACUUGGAGUCCUGCACGCCAAAAUCAUUGCAGCUAUAACACUGAUGGGUCCCCAGUGGUGGCUAAAGACUGUAAUUGAGCAGGUCUAUGCAAACGGCAUUCGGAACAUCGACCUUCACUACAUCAUCCGAAAGCUGGCGGCCCCAGUGAUCUCUGUGCUCUUGCUCUCCCUGUGCGUCCCCUACGUCAUCGCGUCCGGCGUUGUUCCCUUACUAGGUGUUACUGCGGAAAUGCAAAACUUGGUCCACCGGCGGAUUUAUCCAUUUUUACUGAUGGUUGUGGUAUUGAUGGGAAUCUUGUCCUUCCAGGUCCGCCAGUUUAAGCGCCUUUAUGAACAUAUCAAAAACGACAAAUACCUUGUGGGACAACGCCUGGUGAACUACGAGCGGAAGUCUGGCAAGCCAGGCACAUCUGCACCAGCUCCACAGUCGUCCCAAGAGUAAAGUGGUUGUCUCCACUCCUUGACCUUCCCUGCCUUCACGUGUCCUUUCUCGUGGACUUCUCACUCGGAGAUUCUCCCCGUGAUCUCUCAGCGCUGUUUUUAAGUUAAAUGGACUUGACUGUGUCCUCAGCGUUCAGAGAGCAGCGCCCAAGGCACUGCUGCUCCGCCCUGCGUCUGCCGACAUCACUGCUGUCUGAGAUCUGUAUAUGUGUAAAUAGAAGUUCCUGAUGCCCCCAACCUCGGAUUAAACAGAAUGUGCAUUGUACAUCUUUAAACAAAAUGUAUAUUAAUUUAUUAAAUCUAGUUGUCACUUUAUUUUGGACCUGCUGUGAUCUCGACAGGAACGUGCCACAGAGCAGUAGUGCCCAAGCGAGACUUUGCGGUGACAUGCAGUGGAGCGCGGCCCGCGUCAGCGUCAGCGUCAGCGUCCCGGCCCGGCCCGGCCGCUCGGACCUCCCAGGAAGCUGAAGGAAAGUGGAGUCUGCAGCGGUCGUCUUGGCAGGUGGUUUUGUAUAACACCAAAGCUGCUGUACAUUUUCUACUGCCUGAUUUUUUCCAUGUGUCUGUGUUUGUAAUACUGUAUAGUACCUUGUGCUAGGUGAGGAAAUUAUUUUCAAUUUUGAUAAUUUAAUAGGAUUGGGAGUUGGGUUUUUGUGCUUGUUAGGGGCAUGGUAUACUUAGAAAGACAAAACGCAAAUGAAGAUGAUUAGUCUCUCCUCCUCCUCUCCUGUAUAGCUCUAUUUUUGUCAGCAGUGGCCAAAAGUCUCAUGCCAGAUUCCAAAUCUUACAGAAUACCUUCACCAACACCCUGCAUCUUACUACACUGAGGCAGUUCUAAGCCAGCUGAUCAAGUGCAGAUAUGAUCGUGGCCUUGUGUUGAGAGCAUGAGAGAAGCUGCUCAGAACCCCCGGUGCACGUGCUUAGUGAGUGAGCAUUGCUGAGCGCAUGGCAGGUUUCCACCAGUCAAUCCCAAACUUUCCAAAGCUUUUUGUUUACACUUAAAAAAAAACUGCAAAUAAAACCAACUGAGUUUUAUUUGUCCGAAGGAAGCUGGCUCAGCUGGCCUUUUCACAUAGGAAUGUAUUUUACUUGGAAAGCGCCACAGCGUCUCAGAAAACGGCACGCGUCGACCUGGUUUCCUGUCGCCCGAGCUCCAGGCUUGAGGCGCAGGCAGACGAGGGCUGGGGAUGUAGCUCAGUUGGUAGAGUGCCUACCUGGCCGGCACAGCGCCCUCCCUGGGUUUGAUCCCCAGCAGUGCAUAAAACCCAGCACGGGGCUGCAGGCCUGUAACCCCGGCCUCUCUCUCUCUCUCUCAUCUAUGAUCCCAGGGAGGUAGAGAGGCAGGAGGGUCAGAAACCCAAGGUCAUCAAUGGCUCCAUUUCAGAUUCCAAGCCAGCCUGGGCUACACGAGCCCGACAGAGACCGGAAGGGCUGGGCACCUCAAGUAUUUAGUGGUAGUGAUACGUUAGGGUAGCAUUUGUUUUUGAGUGACAGUUUAGAAGUCCUCAUAGAAAAUGGACAAUGUAGCUCGUCAGAAGCAAUUGUAAAAUUAGUAUUAAAACUCGUAGGUUAAAAUCGGGGAAUUUUUCUACAGCACAAAAGUCAGCCAAACAGCAGCUUACCAAAAUUAAGAUCAUUGUGUUUUGGUUUGAUUUUUUUUUUUUUUUCCAACAAGUUUUCCCUGAGUGAUACGUCUUUAAAAUAUACCUAAAAUGUCAGUAUAUUCGAAACAAAACCAUGCUUGACACAGGAGUCAGUCAGUGUUAACACUACUGGGCACUUUACUAGUCCUUUCCCUUGUUGGUGAAGUAAGGUCCUUGCUAGCAAGCCCUACCUUUUCUCCGAAAUGUAGUCCUCCUGUUGAGAAACAGGAGUGGUCCAAAAUGAAAUGUGACUGUCAUGUUAUAUGUUCCCUUUGAGAGAAAAAUUUACUGGACUGGGCAUAAAAUGUGAUUCAUUUGUUAUUUUCAAAGAAUUUUAUAAGGUCAUUGGAACGCAUUGUCCUCACAAAGAUACCAUACAAAGUUAAAAAUUGUUACUCCUAAACCGGGCGUGGUGGCGCGUGCCUUUAAUCCCAGCACUCGGGAGGUAGAGGCAGGAGGAUCACCGUGAGUUCGAGGCCACCCUGAGACUCCAUAGUGAAUUCCAGGUCAGCCUGGGCUAGAGUGAGACCCUACCUCAAAAAACAAACAAAAAAAGAUUGUUACUCUUAUGAAAUGUUAAAUGACUUCUUACUCAGUGUUUUGUUGAGACAAAAACACGGUGUUGGCCAGAGGUGGCCCUCCUUUCGCUGGCAGGUGACUUGGUUUUGCCUUCUGAGGAGCCGUCUCCCUCCUUUCCCAGUGUGCUCGUUCUGCGGUUUUCAGCGAGACGAGUCCUCAUAGGAAAAAAGCAUUUUCUGGCCUAGUAUCCAGCUUGUAGUACUGACACAAGCUCUUACAGCCCAUAGUUCAGAGACACUCGAGUUGCUGCCCUCUUAACAAAAUGUAAGAACAUUUCAGUUUGGCAUUGGGCUACAGUAGUCAUUUUCAAGGAAGUUUUAGUAGGGAAGAAGACCUUUGUGCUUUGCUCUUAUUAUUUAUGAAUUGAAGACAAAUCAACACUUGGCAUUGGUUUUUCACGAGCAGUUAAUACAGUCAUAUUGUGAAAUGUGCAGUUCAUUACUAGCAAACCCUAAGGUGUGAUUCUUGAACUAUAAAGCACUCAUAUGCUGUUGAGACGGAAGCCGGAGGGAGCAUGCAGAUUUGGACUUGAAGUUCCAGGAUUUAGAGUCCUCUCUGCCCCUGCUCUCUGGGCAAGCUGAGGGGUUAGGGCAUCUCACUUCCAGGUGUAACCCAUGACUUUCCUUCAUCCUUUCAGUGUGAUUGCUUUUACUGUGAACUCCUGACGCUCCUUCCCGCAUACAAGUCACAGAACCUUUCCUUCACAUGACUUUGAUUUGUCUGUCCUUUCUGCGUUGACAGAAUGUUCCAUCAAAGUAUAAUUCUUGAAUUUAGGAUGAGUUGAUGACUCUGUAAGACAAAACAGAAAAGAGAACACUGGACAUUUCUACACUGUAUUGUGUUUGCAAACAACACACACCAGGAGACUGUGGUGCCAUUGUAGGAGAACACUGGCACUUUUUAAAAUGAAAUUUCUCAAGUUAGCUACUUCUUUGCAUUUUCAGGAUCGAGAUUACCGAGCUGUUUACUGUGAUACGUUGUUUUCACAUUGUAAAAUUCAAAGUUUAAAAUAAUCCUUUAGGAUGUUAAUUGUCAUUGUCAAGAAGAGACAAAACUAAAAUACCGUACCACUAAAGUAUUACCACAGACCUCCUUUAUGAAGAAUCUCUGAUGUCUGGUUACGCUGUCGUGUCUGUGUCCAUAUAACUUGCCCUGUUGAUCAGAUAUGUUUCCAGCUUACUGCUGCUCUGUGUCAAAAUUUUAAACAACCAUCAUAAGUAAGGGCUUCUUUCAAGUUAUCGCCAACAUUAUCUUUGGCAUUAAUAUAACAUAAAAGACAGUAUACAUACGUGUGUGUUUCCAUUCCUGUCUAUUUUGUAUGAGUGCCUCGUUUUGUAGUCAUGACGACAACUGGUACCUUAGAUGAAAACGUAAUGACUUAAGACCUGGGAAUGUCCCUUGUAGGAGCUCCAUAGAGCACUUGGCUACUUGGGAUGUCGCUUUUCUAGUACAGCGAACACCUUCGAUACCCAGACCGAUUUUACGUGUAUAUAUUCAAAAGUGCUCCCUUUUUUAUGUGGUCAUUUUGUUGCCUUCUGAGUUGAGAGAACAAAAUUGAAUAAAGUGAAUGUUAGUGGUA